AUGUUUCCCAGGCCAGUUUGUAUUGAUGAUUUUGAAAAAUAUGCAAAAACAGUUCUUCAAAAGUCUAUCUAUGAUUACUACCGUUCUGGUGCUAAUGAUCAAGAAACUCUAGCUGAUAAUAUUGCAGCAUUUUCAAGAUGGAAACUAUAUCCUCGGGUUCUCCGGAACGUUGCUAAAGUAGACCUGACCACCUCUGUUUUAGGACAGAAGAUCAGCAUGCCUAUCUGUGUCGCAUCCACAGCCAUGCAACGAAUGGCUCAUGUGGAUGGGGAGCUUGCUACUGUAAGAGCAUGCUCUUCUGUGGGAACAGGUAUGAUGCUAAGCACCUGGGCUACAUCCUCCAUCGAAGAAGUCGCCCAGGCUGCCCCCGAUGGCACUCGCUGGCUGCAGCUCUAUGUGUAUAAGGACCGGGAAAUCUCUGAAAAGCUCGUCAAGAGGGCUGAGAGGAAUGGCUACAAGGGCAUAUUUCUGACUGUAGAUACCCCUUACCUGGGCAAUCGCUUUGAUGAUGUGCGCAACAGAUUCCAGUUACCACCACAUCUCAGUAUGAAAAAUUUUCAAGCCUAUGAUUUGGCCUUUUCUUCUAACGAGGAUUAUGGAGACAACAGUGGACUUGCACAGUAUGUCGCUAGUCGCAUUGAUUCAUCCAUUAACUGGGAGGAUAUUACCUGGCUGAAGAGAUUGACAACCCUUCCAAUUGUAGCCAAGGGCAUCCUCCGAGCUGAUGAUGCCAGGACAGCUGUGAAAUAUGGUGUCGAUGGCAUAUUGGUGUCCAAUCAUGGUGCUCGCCAACUGGAUGGAGUGCCUGCCACUAUUGACGUCUUGCCUGAAAUUGUAGAGGCUGUGGAAGGAAAGGUGGAGGUGUUCUUAGAUGGGGGCGUACGUAAAGGAACAGAUGUGCUGAAAGCCCUUGCUCUUGGGGCCAAAGCUGUAUUUUUGGGGAGACCCAUCAUCUGGGGAUUGGCUUAUCAGGGGGAGAAAGGAGUGAAGCAAGUUCUGGAAAUGCUGAAAGAAGAAUUCCAAUUGGCCAUGGCUCUUACUGGGUGCCGGAAUGUAAAAGACAUUGACAAGACAUUGGUGAGGACAAAUCUGUCGGUUGUUUCCAAGAUCUGACAGUGCACAUUAUUUUCUCAUCUGUAUUCUUUCUUUCAGCAUGUGUUUCUUGACAAAGAGACACUGUGCAGAGGGUGACUGUACUAUGUAAUUUUGAGCCACCAUACAAAGAACGUUGUUCUUCCCCAAGAAAAUAGAAACCCCUUUUAGUUCAUUGCUAUUGACUUUUCAAUGAGUGUCUCAGGAUCAUUUAAAAAAUUGCACUUGCAUCCUGUGAAUAUAUUAAUUGUUAGAAAAGAAAACAUUAAAAAUGAGUGUAAAUAACUUAAAUUCUCUGGAAAAAUAAAAAAAAUGUACUUUGGCAAAACUUGGGGUACCUGCUACUAACAAACAGAUAGUCACUUAAGCAAAUUUGUGGAGACAGCCUAAAAUCGUGUCCCCUAAGACUGAGGUGAUGACCUUAGGGGCUGAAUUGAAGUCAGGAGUGUGAAACUUAUUUGAUGAAUAAAAACCAUGCUUAAAACAUUAUUUGGAAUGUCAGAUAAUAAUAUAAAAUAAGUAGUUUGCCUAUUUCACCAACUGAAUCUCCCGCUCGUCCAUAGCCCACCUCUCUUUUGUCCUUUUUGGGCUCUAAAGAACUUUAUGACCCUAAUUCUUUUGAUCUUUCCUGAUGACUUCUCUAUUUUUGUUAUUUUCUUACUUUCCAAAUCAUGUUAUUAUUACAGUCUUGGGGAAUGCUUUAAAAAUCUCCAGGCUAGAAGAGAUGUUAGAAGAUAUCGAAUCCACACUAUUCAAUGAUAGUACUCUCUUCUCCACUAUUUUUGACCAAUGGACAUCCAGAUUCAGUUUGAAAAAGCUUAGUAAAGGAAAACUGUUUCUCAAAAUUAUGAGAAGGUAAGAUUUAUUUUUAUUGAGAAAAGGCAUUUACUCCCUUAGGUCUAGUACCCCAAGGAUUUUAGGACACUGUGCAAUAGAGCAAAAUGAAAAUGUUGGAAGAUUAAUCAUUGACUGAAAUUAUUACAAAUAUUAUAAAUCUUCCUCUUACUUUUCAAAUCGGGAUAAGCCUGUGUUUCAAUCUAGGCUCAUACAAUUCACUAGCAGAAAGAACGACAGCUUGGUUUUGUAAAAAUUGACUAUACAUAGAGAAUUUUGUUUUCAGGUAUAGAGAACAAAUAUUGUAAUUAUGUCAGGGGACUGGAAUCAGAAGUUUUGUUUUGUUUUUUUCACAGUUGGAAAGGACUUUAGACCUAUUCUACUCCCCUCAUUUUACAUAUGAGGAAACAGGCCUGGGAAGUUUAAGUGACUUAUAAAGGUCAUGCAUAUAGGAAGCAGUAGAGAUCAGAUAAUUCAUACUAAUUCAUAUUUUUUGUUUGUUUUCAAUUAGUUAUGGAGCCAAUAGAAAUUAAUAAAUCAAUCAUCUCAAAGAAAUUUAUUAGGUUCCUACUCUACAUGAAGAACUAUACUAGCUGAUAAGUAAGCUGUAAAGUAUACAAUGUGGUACAUAUUAUGUCACAAGGUUUUUUUAAAUGAGGUAAGACAUUUAAUUUUAGUGCCUAAAAUCAUAGGGAUUAUCUAGUUCAAUCCCAGGGACUAUCUAGUGACUUCCCUGUGUAAAUGAGUAAAUUGAGAGACCAACUGACUUGUCCAAGGUUUCCCAUCUUAUCAGUGACAGAAUCAUAACUAGAAAAAGGUCUUUUGAUUAACUGAUGAGGGCUUUACUCCACUACUUCCCUUUUCUAGGCUAGAAAAUCUGUGGAUUUCACAGAAGUUUUCCAUGAGAGAAUGCAUCCACAAGGGGAAAAAAAGUAUGCAUAGCAAAGAUUUUUUUAAUCUUUAUUUUUAAUAUUCUUUCCACUUCUUUCUAUGUUUAUCUUACUUAUCUAUGUUUAAAUAAUUAAACAAUAAGUCAAACACUGGUUUGUAGCAUUUUGCCAAUUUCCAAUGUAUAAUUAUAUUUAUUAUUGUAUUUCAUACUGAAAAUUUAACAACUGGCUCUCUUGAGCUGACUUGAGUUGAUUUUAGCAUGCCCUGUAUGUAACUACAUCUAUUAUAGCAACAUCACAAAGAAAAAUCUUACAGUGAGCUAAAUACAUAUGGAGAAUACGGAGAAGUAAAAAUAAAAUGCGAUGAUUUCUGC